UUAUAGGCGAGUUGGAUUCGCUGGAAACGAGUUUGCAGGAACAAUCACGGAAAAUCAAAGCGAGAAAAUUCCUCCGCGCAGCGCGCCAUUGACUGUAAAGACCUUUCAACUUUACAAAAACUGAAAUUGACAAACGUUCUCUUGUGUGGAAACUUUGUCACGACGAGUGUAUCGCCACAAAUCGACAGGCGGGGAGCAUGCAUCGCGACGGAAUGACUGAGAAGGACUAAGUAAGCGCGAACAGGCAACGAUGGUUCGCCUGAGGCGACAUUUUUCCGUGUAAAAUGCAGUUUGUGUUGUAGUUGACUAGCGCGCCGCGCACUCGCCCGUUCAGCGUCCCUCAACUCGCCCGCGCGUCAUGGAUGAAUAUGAGGAUCCGGGGCGCAGAGCGAGCAAACUGAUGGAAAACCUCUCAAUUUAUGACGUUUAUCAGGACGGGAUAUACGGGGAGCCGAACACCGAUAUGGAGAAAACGAAACGAAUGAAUGGCAGCUCCUCCACGCCCGGGAACAAAGUCUACGGCGCGGCUUCCGUGCGCUCCGUCAACGGGAACCGACCCUCAGUGCCUCUGGAUUUCUGUUCUCCACAAAGGGAAGCGGUCUAUCCUGAUCCCGACGCGUACUGCACCAAAUCUGAAGUUGCCUUGCCGUGUUACAGCGGCGCGUCGGAGCGUCUCAGGAGAUACACGCACGCAGAGGUGCAGGGGCACCGGUACAGCGCCGGAUGCGCCUACGACGGGCUCAUUCUGGGGAAACAGGUGCCCGUUCCUGGUGCGAGGAGCAACAGCUUAUGCGUGGCCAAUCCUGAUGGCAGGUACCCGGCCACGAGCCCCCGGUCCAGUUUGGCUUCGUCCCACUCGUCGCAAGACCAGAGCAAACACACCAGCCCGAGGUCGAGCAUCAGCAGCCCGCGGUCCAGCCUGGUGUCCCCCGGACAGGAGAAGUACUGCGAGGGGAACAGCGUGAUCAGCCACCGGUCGAGUUACGCCAGCACGGCCAGCGACACCAGCAAACACUCCAGCCCCAGAACCAGCCUCAACAGCUACGACUGCGGGAGCAAACCGAGCAGUAACCGAACCAGCGGCAUCAGCAUGGGCUACGACCAGCGGCACAUCAGUCCCCGGUCGAGCACCACGAGCCCGCGCUCAAGCUACUCCGACUCGCGCUUCACGCCCGCGGGGAACCAUGAGCCAGAGAGCGGCGCGGUGCACGGCGUCCCCGUGACCAGCCCCCGGUCCAGCACCUGCUGCCAGGACGCACGACCCGCCGUGGCGGCCAACUGCGUGGUCAGUCCCCGCUCGAGCAUCUCCAGCCAAAGCUCCAGGAGCUCUCGGAGCUCCCGGGGAUCCAUGAGCGCGUAUCCCGAGCUCCAGCUCCCCAUGUUGGGACCCGGUUUGCCGGAGGACGCGCUGCUGCAGGACUUCACGGAGCCAAACGGCCUCCACAACAACCGCGUCCACCUCCAAACUUUUCCCGUGCUGGAGGAGCCGCAGCAGCAGAAUUCAGACGUCAACAUCGCGUUUAACUACGGGAAGAUGGGCACCGGGGCGCAGCGCUUAAAGCUGCCGUACCAGAUCACUCCAUCCCAGGACAGCGGCCCCAGUCAGGCGGAGCGGCGCCUGGAGGCCCUCACCCUGGAGCUGGAGAAAGAGCUCGAAAUGCACAUGAAAAAGGAAUAUUUUGGUAUCUGUGUAAAGUGUGGUAAAGGUGUGUAUGGAGCGAGUCAAGCGUGUCAGGCGAUGGGGAACCUGUAUCAUACGAACUGCUUCACCUGCUGCUCCUGCG